CUCGAGAUGAGCAGGUCAUCCCGAGGCGUGUGCUGACGCACUCGGUCACUUCUUUGAUGCAUGCGCGCAUGGCUUCUGACCGCUGUGCUGGGCUGCUCACUGGCUGAGAGGGCGGUCCAGGCUGAGGCCGGACCGCGCGGCUCCAUCGGCUAUUCCCUUCUUCAUGCGAGGGCAAGGCAGCUGAAGGAGGUGACGCGAUCCUAUGAGGACCAGGUGAAGGGCAAGCUGGUGGACGCAGCCGAUGUGCACCUGCAUCAGAAGGAGGACUAUGAGAAGUACAUGGGCAACUACCAUAACGGCGCGAAAACCCAGGAGCGCUUGGUUCAUCAACUGCGAAGACACCUGAAGAAGAAGCACAACCGGAAGACUGCCCAGAUCCAGCACAUCUUGGACGCACAGCUGGCAGACUUGGAGAAUGAGACUGCGGCAGAGGAUGAGGAUGAGGAGGAAGAUGCGGACGAGGACGAGGACGAGGAGGUUGAGAACAAUUCACCAGCGAGUGAGGAGGAGGAGGAAGAUUAUGACGAGGAGGAUGAGGAAGAGGAGAGGGCGGAAGAAGAAAGUGACGGCAGGCCGCAUAGGCAGAUACCCGAUAAGGAGACACCCCAGUCAAACCCAAGCAAGAAGGCGCCAGCUAUGAGCCUAUAGCUUUCGCAGUGGAUCGAUGCCCGUUGACUGGACCUUGAAGAGGCGCAGCGCGAGAAAAAAGAACGUCAGCGAUGCGGCGAGGGAUGGGAGGUUGGAGCGCCGGUUUGCAC